AUUUAUUAGUAUUGGUAACACUUACAUGACCUGUCACAACAUUUGUCAAAAUGGCACGUCAGCAGCAGGAUGUUGAUGAACUUUUCGAUGUGAAAAAUGCAUUUUACGUGGGAAAUUACCAACAAGCCAUCAACGAAGCACAAAGCAUUAGCCCUUCUUCUCCCCUGGUAGCGUUGCAGCGUGAUUCUCUCCUGUACCGGUCGUAUAUCGCCCAGGGGAACUACAGGAUCGUUUUGCAAGAAUUGAAGACGGCAGAUCCUAUGCUCCAGCCUCUCAAGAGCUUGGUUGAUUACUUGUCUCCUGGAGCAAACAAGCCUGCUAUUGUUGCUGAUAUAGACGCAAGAGUAGCGAAAGGUAUAGAAUUGACAAAUGAAAUAUUCCUGAUUGUUGCUGCAACCAUUUACUAUCAUGAGGAUAAUUAUGAAGCAGCCCUCAAGAUCCUUCACAAUGCCGAGACUCUGGAGUUGAGAGCAUUCACUUUGCAAUGCCUGUUGGCUAUGAACCGACCUGAUCUGGCCAAGAAACAACUGAAAAACUUGCAGGAUAUUGAAGAUGAUGGAACCCUGACACAACUUGCUCAGGCAUGGCUGAAUUUGGCUCAGGGUGGUCCAGGAGUGCAAGAUGCCCACUACAGCAUCAUGGAGUUGUCGGAGCGUCUCGGCGCUUUAGGAGCUGGUCCGUCUGCUGUGGGCGCUGCCGCCGCCGCUUCUAGAGGAAUGUGGGAGGAGGCUGAGCAGAUGCUGACCGAGGCUCAGACACGGUCUCCGCAGAACCCUGACUUGCUGUUGGGGUUGGCUGUGACGGCUACACACAGCGGCAAGCCACCAGAGGUGUCAGCCCGCUACCUGGCCCAGUUGCUGGACAGUCACCCUGACCACCCGUUCGUGAAGGAGUACCACGCGAAAACCAACGAGUUCCACCGGCUCGCAGCGCAGUACCAGCCCUCCGUGGCCAGUUAGACAAAUAUUGUAUAUUCUAUUAUGUAUUAAAUUUAUUCCAUAUACUGUA